CAUGUGUUUAUUCAAACAUCACAGAUCAUUUCUACCCGCACUGUAUUACUCGCCUACUUAAAGCCCUCAGAUUCUGCUAUUGAUUUAGCGGUCGAAGUUUUGGCGGAGAUCCAGAGACUCCUUCCGUGAACAGAGUGGAUGAAGGAGGAACAGGGUGGUGUGUCUCAUCCUCCUCGUCCUCAUCCUCACAGUCAUGUGUGUAUUUAAGCGGAGUUGAAUCGUGUUCUCAGGAUGGAAGUGAUGUGAGGCAGAGCUUGAGACCCGCGGAUCGACAAACUGAAGGAACACGUGCUCAGGUUCAUAGAAUAAAAUAAACCCAUCUUCAGAAGUCGCCAUCAUGGAUUCCUCGCUGUUCGACAUUAACAAAACAUCGGCGUCGAGCAACGUGACUCCAGUUUGCUUCUCCAUCAACAGCACGCCUUUCAUACGCAACCACACCAUCACCCCAGCAUACUUCUCGGCGGUCUUCACUGCCGUCGGCUUGAGCUCCAACCUCUUCGCUUUGGUGGUUCUGGCCAAGACCUUCCACCGCACCAAGAGCCGCGUGCGCUCCUCCUUCCUUCUCUUCCUCGGAGGGUUGGUGUUUACCGACUUCAUGGGACUGUUGGUCACCGGGUCCAUCGUGGUGUCCUUCCACAUUACACACUUCAACUGGCGCCAGCUGGACCCUCAUUGCCAUUUCUGCAACUUCAUGGGCAUGUCGAUGGUCUUCUACGGCCUUUGCCCGCUGCUUCUUGGAGCUACAAUGGCCGUGGAGCGAUUCGUAGGCAUCAAUCGACCCUUCGCCCGCUCCAAGGCCAUGUCCAACAGCAGAGCGUGCUCAACGGUGGCCAUGGUUUGGGUCAUGGCUGGCUGCAUCAGUCUCCUGCCGUUGGCCGGAUUGGGGAGCUACCGUCUCCAGUUCCCCGGUUCCUGGUGCUUCCUCAGCAUCAGCUCCAAACCACUGGAAAUGAUCUUCGGUUUGAUCUUCUCACUUGUGGGUUUGCUGUCGCUGGCCUUGUCGUUCCUGCUCAACACGGUAAGCGUCAUCACCCUAUUGAAGGUGUGUUGUGGACAGGACAGCGCUCAUCGGAGGCGAGACCAUGAAGUUGAGAUGAUGGUGCAGCUGAUUCUGAUCAUGACCAUCGCCUCUGUCUGCUGGUGCCCUCUACUGGUGUUUAUUGCACAGACCGUGCUGUCUGGCAGCGAGCUCAAUAUUCGCCGACUGCUUCUCUGGCUUCGGUUUGCGACAGGGAACCAGGUCCUGGAUCCCUGGGUCUAUAUCCUAUUCCGACGUGCCAUACUGAAGCGCAUGGCUCCCAAGAUGGACUGGUCCCGCAGCUCCAUCGCCAGCUUCUAUCCAAGCAUUUCGACAUCCUUCCGCAAGCUGACACGCGCCUCUCUCGGAGGAACGCUUGACCACUCGGAUCAUGUCCGGACGAAUCCAGACAAAGCCAGAGAAGAGGAAGCAUCUCUUAAUGUGUCUGACUGCACUCCACCACUUGAUUCUAUUUAGCAGCCAAGACUAGCAUUUACUUUCUACUUCGUUAAUAAUUUGAUGUCUAAUAUGGCGCCCAAUGACGGGCGUGACAAACCUUUUUAUCACUUUUGUUGGUGCAUUACUUUUCGAAGAAUUGCUGAUAGCGGGCCAAGAAAGUCUAGUCGGACACUUUUAAGAAGUGUAUAUUUGAGCUCUCAAGACAUGAUGAACUCACAUGAACUUGGAGAGCGAAGUCGUUGAGGGAAACGUAGCGUAGAAACUAGAAUAGGAAAGUGGGAGGGGCUCGGUUUUUCCAGUUGGCCAGUGAUUGGAUAAGGAAAAGAGGCGUUUGGUGAUGUUUUGGGGUGGAGCCUUUGCACAAUGGUACUCGCCCACUUUUUCAUCAGUUCCCAGAGUUUUCCGCAUACAUUUACCAUUCAAGUGUACGUUAAAGAGUUUUAACCAAUCCAUGAACCAAACCAAUCACAAUAUUGCAAACUCGUUGAAAAAUAAGUAAUUUUGAGGGUUGACCCUUUGCAUAAUACUGUCUGCCCACUUUUUCAGCAGCUCCUCAAGUUUUUUCCCAUUAAUUACCAAUCUAAUGCCUUGUCCAAAUACCCACACUUGCGGUCUUGGCCACUUGAGAGCCAACACACACUAAAUCCACACUAUCUUGAAUAAGGCUUAGUGUAUCCCAUCAUGAAUCAUGAUCUGGAAAUAAAUCUUGAGACUUUCUUGCCAAGAUUGCGAAAGUCAUGGAAACUUUUCCAAUGUCAUAAUCUAGUAUACAGUAUUGUUCAAAAUAAUAGCAGUACAAUGUGACUAACCAGAAUAAUCAAGGUUUUUAGUAUAUUUUUUAUUGCUACGUGGCAAACA